AUGAGCAUCAACAAAGAGGAAGUUGAAACUUUCUUGGAUAGCAAUCCAGAUUUUGCCAAGAAGUAUUUCGAGAAGAAACUGGAGGAUAGAGUUUUCUCUCCCAAGAUGAACGGUGAACAGUCCUCAGAAGAUAGCAUGGGUUUUGAGGGGAUGGACCCGGUAGAAACAGAAACGCUUUUUGAGCUGAUACAAGACAUGCAGGAAAGCAUCAACAUGGAGAAGGUGGUCUUCAAGACCCUCAAAAGAAUCAGUGCUCUCAUCAAUGCUGCGUGGUGCAGUCUGUUUAUGUACAGGCAGCGAAAUGGCAUCCCAGAGCUGGCUAGCCGGCUGUUCAACGUUCAUAAGGACAGCACCUUGGAUGAAUGUCUGGUGGCCUCUGACUCCGAAAUUGUUUUCCCGCUGGACACGGGUGUAUUGGGCCAUGUUGCUCAGACCAAGAAGACCAUAAACAUCCAGAAUGCUCCUGAGUGCCAACAGUUUAGUACAUUUGUUGAUGAACUCACUGAGUCUACUACAAAGAACAUUCUUGCCACACCAAUAAUGAAUGGCAAAGACGUGGUUGCUGUGAUCAUGGCAGUGAAUAAGAUCGGAGGCCCCUUUUUCACCAGUGCAGAUGAAAAUCUGUUCCUGAAGUAUCUCAAUUUUGCCUCCUUGAACCUCAAAAUUUAUCAUCUGAGCUACCUUCAUAAUUGCGAAACACGAAAAGGUCAGGUUUUACUGUGGUCAGGCAAUAAAGUAUUUGAAGAACUGACUGACAUCGAAAGACAAUUCCACAAAUCUUUUUACACAGUGAGAGCGUAUUUGAAUUGUGACAGGUAUUCAGUAGGUCUUCUGGAUAUGAAUAAGCAAAAGGAAUUCUUUGACUUGUGGCCAGUACUAAUGGGUGAAGUUCCACCUUAUUCAGGACCUCGAACUCCAGAUGGCAGAGAAAUUGCCUUUUAUAAAGUCAUUGAUUAUAUUUUACAUGGAAAGGAAGAAAUUAAAGUUAUCCCAAAUCCCAAAGAAGAUCACUGGGCACUGAGCAGUGGCCUCCCUACUUAUGUAGCAGAAACUGGUUUUAUUUGCAAUAUUAUGAACAUUGCAGCGGAUGAAAUGUUUACAUUUCAGAAAGGCCCUGUUGAUGAAUCAGGAUGGAUCAUCAAAAAUGUUCUCUCAAUGCCAAUCGUCAACAAAAAAGAAGAAAUUGUAGGUGUUGCUACAUUUUACAAUAGAAAAGAUGGGAAGCCCUUUGAUGAACAGGACGAAACACUAAUGGAGUCCUUAACACAGUUUCUGGGCUGGUCUGUGCUCAAUACUGAUACUUAUGAUAAGAUGAAUAAACUGGAGAACAGAAAGGACAUCGCACAGGAUAUGGUGCUUUACCAUGUACGAUGUAACCAGGAGGAACUUCAAGAGCUCUUGCCAACAAGAGAGAGGUUUGGCAAAGAGGUGAAUGAAUGUAAAGAGGAUGAACUGAUGGAACUUCUAGAAGAAAUGCUUCCAGAUCCUGAAGAAUGUGAAAUUUACGCCUUUCACUUUUCUGAUUUCGAACGGACUGAACUUGAUCUUGUAAAAUGUGGCAUUCAAAUGUAUUAUGAGCUUGGAGUGGUGAAAAAAUUCCAAAUUCCACAGGAGGUCCUGGUGAGGUUUGUUUUUUCAGUCAGUAAAGGUUAUCGAAAGAUUACCUAUCACAACUGGCGCCAUGGCUUCAAUGUUGCGCAGACUAUGUUCACCCUCCUUACGACAGGUAAAUUGAAGCAGUACUACACAGAUCUUGAAGCCUUUGCCAUGGUCACUGCAGCUUUGUGUCAUGAUAUUGACCACCGAGGAACCAACAAUCUUUAUCAGAUGAAAUCUCAAAAUCCCUUGGCAAAACUUCAUGGCUCAUCCAUACUAGAGAGACACCACUUGGAAUUUGGCAAAUUUCUGCUCUCCGAAGAGUCCCUGAACAUCUACCAGAAUCUCAACAGGAGGCAGUAUGAACAUGUAAAUCACUUAAUGGAUAUUGCCAUUAUAGCCACCGAUUUAGCACUGUAUUUCAAAAAGAGAACAAUGUUUCAGAAAAUUGUUGAAGAGUCAAAGACCUACAAUGAUCAGAAAAAGUGGGUUGAAUAUAUGUCUCUGGAAACCACGAAGAAAGAGAUUGUUAUGGCUAUGAUGAUGACCGCCUGUGACUUAUCCGCUAUUGCAAAACCCUGGGAAAUCCAGAGUAAGGUGGCAUUACUUGUAGCAGCUGAAUUCUGGGAACAGGGAGAUCUGGAAAUUUCUGUACUUCAACAACAGCCUAUUCCUAUGAUGGACAGAAGGAAAGCUGCUGAGCUCCCCAGACUUCAAGUUGGUUUCAUUGACUUUGUGUGCACAUUUGUAUACAAGGAAUUUUCACAGUUCCACCCUGAAAUUCUGCCAAUGUAUGAAAGACUGCUCAACAACCGCAAAGAGUGGAAAGCUCUGGCUGAUGAGUCCGAAGCAAAGAUGGUAGCCUUGCAGGAGGAACAGAAGAAGGACCAAAAAACAGAUGCUCCUAAAGCACCAAUGGCCAAUGGAGGACCUGUUACCUCAUCUUCAACUUGUUGCAUUAUUUAGGUCAACACUUAACAUUAUAAGACUACAAUAGAUCAACAGUACUUAAUGGCUGUUUCACAUAUACAGCAUCAGAACUAGUUUUGCCAGGUGUACAGAUGAACAAGAGCCAUAGCAAUGCAGAUCUAGAAAAGCACGUAUGUAUUUUCAAAUGUGCUUCAUGCAAAUUCUGCAUUUAUACCUCUCCUUGAAAAAUGUAGCUAUAUAGCUAAAGAUGCUGCCAUAUGUUCUAAAGUUGUCCUGGAACAUGAAAUGUAUAUAGAAUAGAAUUUUUUUUAAUAGAAUAGAAUAGAAUUUUAUUGGCCAAGUGUGAUUGGACACACAAGGAAUUUGUCUUGGUGCAUAUGCUCUCAGUGUACAUAAAAGAAAAGAUACGUUCUUUUCUAUAUGUUGCUAGAGCUACAUGAACAUUCUGCAUCACUGAACUAACUCUCUGCCUCCUGUGGUAUUUUGUGACUAUAUUAGAAGAAAUCUAGAAUAAUCUGCUUCUCAAGGCUGCUUUAUAAAAUCAAGGGCCAAUCAUGGCUGAAGUAGUUUGAAAUUAAGCAGAUUCAUAACAAAGCUUUGGGGGACCUAAGGUGCUCUCAUCAAUAACCCCUACAAUGAAUAAUUUCAGAGCAUCAUAUACGAAGGAGAGACUAAUCUAUAGAUAGGAUGCAAUCAGCCAUCAAAGGGAGAAAAAUGAAGUCUAUUCCCAUAUAAAUCGCUAGGGAACAGACCCACCAUGAUCACGAAUCCUACUUUUGCAGGACAUUAAGUUGCAGUCCUUGUUUCAAAUGUACAGUAGAGGGUCUAAAGCAGGGAUGUCAAACUCACAGUGUCACGGAGACAUCAUGUGAUGUAGCGGGACUUCCCCCCCCCACUUUGCUAAACCGGGAGUGGGCAUGGCCAGCGCAUGAUACAUCCGUCCCCAGGCCAGCAGCUUGACAGCCCUGGUCUAAAGCUUCAGAUUUGGACAUUAGCUUUUGCUUAUUCUUACAGAAUACUUCCUUUUUGUAUUGACAGAAGUAAAUCCCAGGUUAACACACACACACGCACACACACAAAUGUGAGGCUUCCUUUCAGAUGCAAACCAAUUAUUUGUUGCGAGCAAUUUCUGUUUAAAGACCAAAUAAACGCUAAAACUGUCCAGAAGAGCAAAUGCAGUUCAUUUUCAUGUCAGGGAUAUGAUGGGGAAGCAGAGCAUAUAAGCAUUUGAG